AUGGCAAGAAUCAAACAGGGCGUGUUUUCUUGGGAAGAUGUGCUGGCACAGCGGUACCAAAAUAACAAACCCUCUGCAUUACCUCGACUCAGAAAACACAGUGCUCUACCGAACCGAUCGCUUGCGCCGUCCCCGACGCAGAAACAGCCCGAUACAAGACUAGUCUGGACCGUCUCCGACAGUCUGCUGCUGAGCAAACUAUCUACCGAACUGCGUCUCAUGGUCUGGGAGAUGGUGCUCGGUGGAAUGCGCAUCCAUAUUGUGCAACGAUCGAACCGUCGAAUGAGUCAUGUGGUUUGUCCGCGCACUGCAACCUGUGAGAUCUGUCGUGGGGGACUCCCGAUCAUCAGGGAUGGAAAUACGGUGCUUAUGGCGCUUCCAUUGGUGUGUAAACAAAUAUACUGCGAAUCCAUCCAUCUUCUGUAUGCUCUCAACGUCUUCGAAUUCAGCAAUACCUGGUCCCUGACGUAUCUUCGACCUACCGUCCCCAAGGACUUAUGGGACACUAUCCGCGAAGUCGAACUCCGCUGGGCAUUCCCGGGCCAUUGGCUCCCCAGUAAAGACCCCGUCAAAUCGAUCUACUUCUCCGCCGGACGACAGCAGUGGAUCGACACGUGUCAGGCGUUGACGCGCAUGUCCGGAUUGCAGUCGUUCACCCUGCAGCUGAGCGGCAGCUGGUUCUGUGAACCGGUAGAGAAGAUCCCGGUUUUUCUGGAGCCGUUGCGCGGUCUGAAUCUGAAGCAGCGGUGGAAGCUGCAGUUGCCAGGUCAGCCGUACUAUGUCAAGGAGAUUCGGAAUAUCGAUAGGGACUUGAGGAAGAGAGGGAUUGAGUGUUUGGUUAGGGCUGUUUGA